UAUCGCGUAUGUUAUGCACCGGAAGACCGGUCGAUCAAACCGGUCGACGAACCCUUGACACGAACGCUUUGCGAAAUCGCUCACCCCCGUCGUUUCAAGACUGAGAGUCGAGUGAUCACGUCCCAUUCCGCUGGUGCUGAUCUUCGAAGAAGCGCAACGUGAACGAUCAUCGAUCGAACAAAGUGUGAUUCGUUCCUCUCGGAUCGAAAUGCAUCCCACUGAUAAAGAGUGAAGUCUGAAAUCUACGGAGGAGAAGGAAGAAGAAGAUAAGAGUGCAACCGACGAGUGAUCGACUCUCGGAAGAGCCCUCUUGAAGGAAAGAUCUUGUGCGAGAGACCAAUGGAGAUGAUCGCUCGAUUCCUAUCGGACGCGGAAACUCGUACGAAAGUAAUCAUUUGAAGCCUCGAUUAAUCAUAACGUCGGUUUCGGUCAAAGAGAAGGAUCGAGCAGGAAAGUGGGAAGGAAUCUGAGAAAGAUGUCGACCGUAAUGUGAUAUUUCGAUUUUAAGAUCGACAGCCAUCGCGCCCUUAGGACGAUAAUCGUGGCACACACAUCCGUGACUACACGUUUUAGGGACAUUAAGGGAACGCGUAUUGCGAGCAUUAAGAGCCGAGCAUCGAGAACACUUCGCGAGGAAGGGAACCGAGCGCCGAUAAUCGAGAUCGAUCACGCGUCGAUUAAAUUCAAAAUCGGGCCAAAGGGAACGUCGGAGCGGAGUCGAGUAGCUGCAUCGAAUUGCACGCGAGUUUCAAAUUGCGCACGAUAUAGUCUAGAAAAAUAGGACAAAAAUAAUGAAAUAAUAGAAGAGAACUUGGAGUAAAAUUGUAGAAUCCUGGAUGUAUAAGAAGCAACGCUGUGUGAAUGUUUUUCAGCAGCUGGCAAUACAAAUUGAAUAAAAGUUUCAAAACAUGAUAUCCCGAUAUCGCAAAUCACAUAAAUUUUAAAUAAGGUUAAAGUGCGUAAGAACAUAAAAAGGGGAAAAUAGAGGGUAAAUGCUGCGGAGAUAUAAAACGGUCUCAUGUGGUUGGUAUCGUUCAAAUUAAAAUUUCCAGUUAUGUGUUAGACGUUAUUUAAUUCCGUGAAAAAACAGGUGGAAACUGGAAGAUCCUGAAAACGGUUGAUAAUUUCAAGGGUACUUCUCGAGAUAGUAUUAUCCUCAAGUACAUGUGAACCGUUCCUUCGCAAGCGGUGUUCCCGAGAUUCUCGACCAAAGUAUUUCUGCUUCUUUUGAGAAAUUUGUAAUAACAAUACUCGCGGGAGAAAAGAACGAGGCACCGCUUCUUCACUGCUUCCGGGGGGAUUUUCAAGUAAGAAAAACGUUAAAUGUAGCAGUAAUAAGUGAAAAGAUAAAAAAAAAAACAUUUAAUCCCGGUCGGAGAAAAACCAUUCCGCGGAGAAAUACUUUCUUUCCUGAUAUCGCACACACUGAAUUUGUUGCAUCUCGCUGGAUCGCGAUCCGGAUGAUCUUCAGCUAAGGACGAUCCGGUCGACGACGAGCUUCGAGAACCCGACUUAUAAUUCGACGCUCUUAAAUGCCACUAUCUCGACGCGUGCAUCGUCGUUGCACUCAAAAUCCCUCUGUCCGAGACACUUGGCACGCAACGCUUCAACACUUGAGAGAUAAAGACGACGAUUUUUGCACGCCGCUUCGCGGAUUCGAGAGAGCCUGCUGUCCGCUGCUGUGCUUGAAAAAGCUCAACGCGUCUCGUAAAAAGCCGAUUUGCGAUAAUCGUGAGAUGUUACCGAGAAGAAUCUGAAGAUUGAGAAAGAAAGAAGCAGAAAAGCACAGAAUAUCCUGCAAUGAUGGAAGACGCGUUAAUGUUCAACGCAUGAUGCGAGGAGAAACAUGAAGUAACGGAUAGCGACACAUCUCGUUGCCCCGGAGGGCUCGCCAGUGUCUGGAAGCAAAAGAUCGGUGGACACGGAGAAAUACGGCAUGGAUUUCCCGAAGCGAGAAUGGAGCCACAGGCUCAGUCUUCGUGGCAGCCGUAGGACUCAUGAGGGCGAAAUCGGGCAUAGAAUAAGCGGAGCCAGGUCCACCAGGAGAUGGGCAAGCCUCAGGCAACAUGUGAGCAGUAGUCAUGACGGCAGUAAACCUCGCGUUGAGUUGCUGUUUAAUACGUCGGGUUCCAAAGCCUCUACACCAUCCUCACAGCCACACACCCCUAAUACACCGAGAACGCCGCACACCCCGCCUAUCAAGAAAUCCAAUUGGGAGGUCAUCGAACACUUCACCGGCGCGCCACGUCCUUCCAUUAUCACGAUGGCUAGAGGAUCGGAGAUCGGUGUAGCACCGAUAACUGGAAGAGAGUCUGUGACAGAAGCUGCAACGAACGUAGGGAUCACUCAGCACACGCGGAAAUGCGCUCUGAGCAGAUUCCUGAGCUCGCUUUGCGGCUCUCAUCAUUUCAAGAACCUGCAGGUUGAAAUGCUGUACCAACGCUACUUUCUACGUAUGAAUCAAAGUAACAUGACACAUGUGCUCGGUCUACUGGUCGGUUUAGCGCUGGCACUGGGCCUACUACUUAUCACGAAGUUAAUGCUGACCGGCAAUCAGUCGCUCAUCACACUCUUACAGAGACCUGAAAAUCUUUCCCUCGCAAUCACCCUAGUGACCUGCAUCGUUAUUUACGCCGCUUUGGUAGCAGCUAUUUCAAGACCGGGCAUGAAUGAGAUAUGGCUGGCGGGCGUUAGUGGUGCAGUGCUAGUCACCCUGCUGGCUUUACAAGUGACUCUGAGCAUUCAUUUGGCACGACUGCACGAAGUGGGUCGCGAGAGUAUCGGCGAUACAUCAUUCUCCUCGAAAUCGAAGGAUCUUCGAGCCGGAGGUCCUCUCGCUGCUGCCUUAAUGGUCUGCUUCUUCAUCUAUAUGGCCUACGCUCUUCUACCGAUCAGACUCAGACACGCCUGCAUCGCCGGGAUUGUUUUCUCGGCCGCUCACCUCAUCGGAGCUUUCCUUCUCUACCCGCACUAUCCAUCGAUGAUGGCACACUUGCUAAGCUCGAUCGUGGUAGUCGGCGGGACGAACGUAGCCGGCGCACUGACACAUCACCCACGGGAAUUGGCGCAAAGACAGGCAUUUCUUGAAACCCGACAGUGUGUCGAAGCACGUCUGACCACACAGCGAGAGAAUCAGCAACAGGAGAGGCUUUUGCUCAGCGUGUUACCAAGGCAUGUCGCCAUGGAGAUGAAAGCCGAUAUAGCCGGAAAGCCGAAGGACACAAUGUUUCACAAAAUUUAUAUUCAAAGACACGAGAACGUCAGCAUUUUGUUCGCCGAUAUUUGUGGAUUUACCUCGCUCUCCGAUCAAUGCACUGCCGAAGAGCUCGUCAGAUUGCUCAACGAACUUUUUGCACGGUUUGACAGGCUAGCUGCUGAGCACCACUGCCUCAGAAUAAAGCUCCUCGGAGACUGUUAUUAUUGCGUUUCUGGACUUCCGGAACCACGGCCAGAUCACGCUCACUGUUGCGUAGAAAUGGGAUUGGAUAUGAUCGAUGCAAUAACAUUGGUUCGCGAGGUAAUGGCCGUAAACGUGAAUAUGAGAGUCGGUAUCCAUACGGGCCGGGUUCACUGCGGGGUUCUCGGUCUGAGAAAAUGGCAGUUUGAUGUUUGGAGCAACGACGUGACUCUAGCCAAUUAUAUGGAAAGCGGAGGUAUACCCGGACGUGUGCACAUCACGAAAGAGACUUUAGAUUGCUUGGGCGAGUAUUAUGAAGUCGAGGAAGGUCGCGGGGGUGAGAGAAACGCGUACUUAAAAGAUCAUAAUAUUAGAACCUACUUGAUUGUCCCCGGAGACACAUUUAAGGGCAACAUAACUAAUUCUGGAAUACGAAAAACUUUCCCGGCAAACAGUAAUGUGUCCAAAGAAAUGAGGGUUAUGGGUCAUGGUUCGCAACACGGAAAACAAACCAAAUUAGGUUUUGGUGAAACCAUCGAGGGCGAAAAAGAUCCUGAAGAUGAGGUAAACGAGUACCUGAUGAGAGCGAUAGAUGCUAGAAGUAUAGAUCGAUUAAGAGCGGAGCAUUGUACGCCGUUUAUAUUAACGUUUCGAAGACCGGAUGUCGAAGAAAAGUAUUCGCGCGAGAGGGACAGGAUGCUCUCGGCUUAUUUUGUGUGCUCCGGUUUCGUCUACAUGGUCGUUGUGGUCGCAAUAGCCAUCACCCUCGCCGGGAGCAUAUAUUUCUACGUUUGCACGGCGGUUAGUGUACUGGUGAUAGCCGUGGUCAAUGGCAUUUUAUUGGCGGAAAAAAACGAGAGGGUGCCAAAAUGGGUGAGAAGCAUGGCGUUACAGAUCUUUGAGAAUCGCAUCAUCGCGCAGAGCAUCGCAUCCAUCGUCGUGUUUCUAACGUUCAUCACGGUAUUAUCACCGCUGAUCACGCUGAUCGGAAAUGAGGCUUGCGUCAACAAUAACUCGUUGCCUUUCGCUGAGGAAUCGCCGGAUGGGCAUCCCAGCGUAAUGAGAGUACCGACGAAGGAUAUCGAUGCCCCCGGCAUUUGCGAUUAUAUUCUUUUCUGCGACUUGUUUCCGGUUCUGGUGAUGCUGGUGAUGGUAACCUGCGCGGUGUAUCAGAUCCUAACGUCGGUCUUUAAAGUAGCCGUAUUGAGCAUUGUUGUGGCUUGUUAUCUCGGGGUCAGCAUUUACCAGGCACUAAAUGAGGACGACGUAGAGCCCGCUGGAAGAUGGUUGGCGGGUGUACUAGUGGUUUUCUUCAUGGCCUGCCUAGUGGCACACUCCCAGCACACAGAGGCGACCUACAGAUUGGAUUUCCUGUGGAAGUUACAAGCGACCGAGGAGAAGGAGGAAAUGGAACACUUGAAGGCCUACAAUCAGAAAUUGCUCGCAAAUAUACUUCCAGAACACGUGGCCGCUCAUUUUCUGUCUACUGUCAAUUCAGACGAAUUGUACCACGAACAAUGCGACUUUGUGUGCAUUAUGUUCGCAUCGAUACCAAAUUUUUCGGAGUUCUACGUAGAACUCGAAGCGAAUAACGAGGGCGUGGAAUGCCUCAGGCUUCUCAACGAAAUCAUUGCUGACUUCGACGAGUUACUUGCUGAGGAACAGUUCAAGUACAUCGAGAAAAUCAAGAGUACAGGCGCUACGUAUAUGGCCGCUUCAGGCCUAACGAAAAGCACAUGCGAUAUGCGGGAUUACAAGCACGUAGUCGCAAUGGCGGAUUACGCCCUGAGAAUCCGCGAGCAGCUGGCCUAUGUCAAUGAACACAGCUUUAAUAACUUUCGCAUGCGUGUGGGCAUCAACAUCGGACCGGUGGUUGCCGGUGUGAUUGGUGCCAGAAAACCGCAAUACGAUAUCUGGGGCAACGCCGUGAAUGUGGCCUCCAGGAUGGAUUCUACGGGCGUGUUAGACGGGAUUCAAGUCACCCAGGAGGUCCGCGAUAUUCUGAUCACUAAAGGAUAUCCGCUCACGUGCCGCGGAACGAUUCAAGUCAAAGGGAAGGGCAGUAUGAUAACUUACUUCCUGGACGGGCCGAGGGACAACACGAAAUCUAAUCAGAUGGACAUCACCAAGACGAAUUCCAAUAACAACACUGACGCCAUGGAGAAGACAGUCAUCAAUAAUAGCAGCGGGGCUGUCUGAUUGGUGGGAAUGCUCGAGCAAGAAUUCUUGAUGGACGACACGUCAUAUCGGCGAUAGAAAGUAUUAUUAUUUCUCGCGCUAUUUAAGAUUCUUCUAUGUACUCAAGUCCAAAACGGCAAUAUAAUAUCCAGGACACGUGUGCGCAUAUUAGUCGUCGAGUGCCGUCCAUAAAUGACUGCUGAACGGGAUAGUUGCGUCAUUAGUUUUAAGUCUCAAGACAAACGAAGAAUAAUCGUCAUUCACAAGGAAUAAUCUCGGCAUUUCGUUGCGAUUUUAUGUCAAUUACGUUUCCCACUUGAUCAUCGACUUUUAAAUUAAUGAAAUCAAAAGAAAUAAACGCUCUUACAAACAAAUUAUCGAAUAUAGUUCCAAAGAACAAAUAAAAUUAAGAUACUUUCUGCAAACUUAA